AUUGUUCGGCGGGGGCUGUCUCAUUCGCUGAUACAUAUACGUGUACUCACAUUGCUGUUAUGAUGUUCUGCAACGUAUGUGGGUAGAGUUACCAACAACCUUUGUUCGUCACUAAGGCGCUAAUCUAGCUUUAAGGGAUCUCUAGACUAUCUUCACACAGUCCCUGUAAACUUGUGCUGUUUUGUCGGUCAGCCUGAGGCCGAUGACAGCCACAGAGCGUGAGGCUCUCUGGUCGAGACACUGGGAUCUACGACUGGACGUGAAGGAGUACAUCAGUGGGAAGCUUUCACGCUCACCACAGCUCAAUAUGGACACGCGCGGGCUUGACCACUGGGGGGACAUCGCCGUCGUGGCUUCUUACUUCGUCUUUGUUCUCAUGGUUGGAUUGUGGUCGUUAUGGAGACCGAAUCGAGGGAGUGUUCAAGGCUACUUUCUCGCUGGAAGGAGCAUGCAUUGGUUUCCGGUUGGAGCGUCGCUAUUUGCCAGCAAUAUCGGCAGCGAACAUUUCGUAGGACUUGCCGGCACUGGUGCUGCCUCUGGCAUUGCCAUUGUCAUCUACGAGUGGUCGUCCAUGCCGCUGGUGAUGGCCCUCGCCUGGCUUUUCUUACCAGUGUAUAUAUCGGCGGGGGUAUUCACUUUACCGGAAUACCUGGGUAAAAGAUUUGGGGGUCAAAGAUUACAGAUAUAUCUGAGUGCCCUGGCUCUCGUGCUCUACAUUGUUACAAAGAUAGCGGUAAGCAUUUAUGCCGGAGCUCUUUUCAUUCAGCUGGCUUUAGGAUGGGAUAUGUACAUCUCUAUAGCUGCUUUACUGGCAGUAACAGGUCUCUACACGGUGCUAGGAGGCUUGGCUGCCGUCAUCUACACCGACACAUUCCAGACCGUUAUCAUGAUGAUAGGCGCCGUCAGUCUGUUCGGAAUUAGUUUCUGGGAAAUUGGUGGAUACGAAAAUUUAGUCCGGCUGUAUAUGAAGUCACUUCCAGGAGACUAUGACAUGAACUCGACCUGUGGCCGUCCACGUGCCGAUGCUUUUCACCUGUUCCGAGACCCUCUUAACUCUGAUAAUCCUUGGCCGGGGCUGAUAUUACAGGCUACUAUUGGCUGUCUCUGGUACUGGUGCUGCGAUCAGGUAAUUGUUCAAAGGACACUGGCUGCAAAGAACUUGAGUCACGCUAAGGGUGGCGCCAUAAUGGCUGGGUACCUGAAACUACUUCCGCUCUUCCUUAUGAUACUACCGGGCAUGAUCAGUCGAGCUCUAUAUCCAGAUGAGGUGGGCUGUGUAGAUCCCUCAGACUGUGAGAAGUACUGCGGUAAUCCCGUGGGGUGCUCUAAUAUCGCUUAUCCCAAACUUGUUCUGACUCUUCUCCCAAUCGGUCUCCGUGGAUUAUUGAUGGCCGUUAUGCUAUCCGCCAUUAUGAGCUCUUUGACGUCAAUAUUCAACAGCGCAAGCGCACUCUUUACCAUGGACCUCUGGCGGAAAAUGAGGCCCUCUGCGAAGGAAAGAGAACUCCUAAUCGUUGGAAGGUUGUUCAUCGUUGUCUUGUGUGGUCUGAGUAUUUUGUGGAUCCCACUUGUGAAGAGCUCACAAGGGGGACAACUCUUCAUAUACAUUCAAGCCAUUCAGGGUUAUCUGGGUACACCAAUUGGCGCCUUGUUUUUCUGGGCGAUACUAUGGGAACGUAUGACCGAACAGGGUGCUUUCUGGGGAAUCCUUGCCGGCCAUGUUUGCGGAGUAAUACGAAUGACGCUGGACUUUGUAUAUCCAGAGCCCGGCUGUGGUGAACCGGAAACCCGUCCGCAGAUAGUCUCUAAAGUUCACUUCUCAUACUUCGGGCCACUGCUGAUAGUUCUGACGUCACUUGUUAUUGUGACCAUCAGUCUUCUAACAGAAGCAAGGAACAAAGAAGAUAUUCAAGGAUUAACUUGGUGGUCCAGGAGAAAGCCCCGCAGCUCGUUUUCAGAAGAAAACCGCUCGCCGUGACAACAACCAACUGGAUGAAAUGUCUAACAAUAGUGGCCAUGAUGUGGACCAGCAUAGUCCGUCCGUCGCAGAAAACGAAACCUCAAAGUGUCGUAAGUGGUUGGAUUUUGUCUGUGGAAUACCACCGGAACAAGAAGCAGCGGUGGACGACAGCAUUGCAUGGCGGGAGUCAGA